UUUGCUGUCUGUCACAGAGUGAUGCAGUGAGCUCAGCAAGAAAUUAAAAGACUGCUUUUAAUACCUACUUAAUACUACUUAAUUACACACAACAUCAUGCAUACAUAUUUACAUACAUGCAUGCUUACAUGCAUGUAUAUGAUACGGUCAUAGAAACGGAAAAACGGACGUCGUUAAAUAAAACAAAAGCGCCGCCCAUUGACCGCAACAAGUACUACCGAUUUGAUGAACUAUGGAGCAAUAUCUAAGUCGGCGCGAGCGUGGCAUCCAAUCGUGGGGAGAUGAGAACUUCAUAAUGCGUCGCAUAUACACAAGCAUAAACAUGUUUAGCAGCUAUUAUGCCAACCAGUAUUCCGGCGAGCCUGUACGCGACGGUGGAGCCAUUUUUAAUCUGGAAUUCAAUGCCGAUGGAAAUGUAAUGGUGGCCGCCACCGAGCGGAAGUCCGUGUUGGUGUUCGAUGCCAACACACAGAAGGAAAUUUUCAAGGUACCCGAUGCCCACACCGACAGCGUCAAUUGCAUCAAGUUCGUCGACGCGCGCAUCUUUGCUACGGGCUCUGACGAUUUAACCGUCGCAAUGUGGGACCUGCGCAACAUGCGCGAAAAGCUUCGUGUCUUGCAUGGCCAUUCCAAUUGGGUGAAGAACAUCGAGUACUCGCCCAAGGACAAGCUACUCGUCAGCUCCAGCUUCGAUGGCAGCAUCUUGACCUGGAACACCGCCUCGCACACGGAACAGGGCCUCAUCUCAGAGCGUGUAUUUCAUGUCAGUGGCCUCUUGAGAUGCCGCAUCUCCCCGAUGGGCGACAAACUGGUGCUGUGCACCAGCGGUGGCUACAUCAUGGUCAUCCAUCGCCUGGACUUGACUACAUUAUACGAUGACCUCAGUGGCUUCAGACCUGACGUCUAUCGUCUCAUGCAGGUGGUCGAUCAGUACAUACCAGUGGCGGCCAAAUUCGAUCAUUUGUUCUCGAGGCGCCAGCAGAGGAACCGCGUGGAGCUGGUCACAGAUUUUACGGAGCGCAACGAUGCCAAUAUGAUACUGGCCCUGCAGAUUCAUCCGAACUCCCGCUGCAUGCUGACGCGUGUGAGCUACGAUGAGAAUCGUGAGUGGACAUGCAUACACGACAUUAACGAGGACGUGGCUAACAUGAAAAGACGCCACCCAUCCAGCACUUCCGGUCGUGCAGCCAGUGCGUCUGGCAGCGGCCAAGACGGGUCUUCGACGCCUCCGACACGCCGCAUAUCGAACUAUAAUAGAAUCAACGGCCGUGGUGGAACCGCCGCAUACGCACAGCAUCUGCAUGAACAACCCGAAAGCUUUCCGCGCGACAUCUGGACAGCCGAGAUAACCGUCCAACAGCGUGCCAUAAGCCCAACUGCAUAUGAUUCAGUGGAUGCCAUUAGCAGUGAGGUCUUGCCAUUGCGUCAGGCGAUACCGGCAAGCCAACGCCAUCGCCUAGCGCGUCGUCCCUUUGUGGACCCAGAACCGAAAUCCAGAAAGCUCAUGUACUAUACUGCCGAGGCGAACGUCAUGCCUACCUACAUCAAGGAGCCGGGCUUCUCCGCCGACGGUCGUAUCAUCUGCUCGCCCUACGGCAAUGGCGUGCGCCUCUUGGGCUACAGCGCCGACUGCUGCGACUAUCCCAUCUACACGACGUUCGAGGAGGGGAAGAAGAGCCCACGCCAAAUGGUGGAACUGGCACACCUGAAAGAGCACCAGGAUGCGGUGCUCUGUGCCAAAUUCAGUCCCCGGGAGCCCCUACUCGUCACGGGCUGCGCCAAAGGGGAUGUGACCUGGUAUCGACCCAAUCUUUAGAAUUGCCUUUUUUAAUAUUUUUUAGUUUUCCAUAAACUUUGUAAUUUUUUUUUUCUUUUAUUUAAUGUACAAGAACCGUAGUCGUUACCGUGACUAUCCCCAAGAAUCUCUUGUUUAGAAAUACAUAGAAAACUGGUGGACCGAUUGGACUUGGUUGUUCUUCCCGAUAGACAACACUUAUAUGUAUGACCCUUCAUGGAGUCGGUUUUCUGUUCUUCAUCUGCUCAUAAGAGAAUGAUCUCAGCAAGGGUAUAUUUAGUUUAGCUAUAAGAAAAUUCUGUAGGCCUUACCUUAGCUAUUGUCUUGUGGAGUUUUGCAAAUUCAGUUUUCAUAGCAAGCAGUUUCUCCUUUCGAAACGUUCUGUGUCCAAAGCCAUGUACCUUUGUGAUGUACCUAUCUUUGUCAUACAUGCAUAUCUAAUACUUUGAAGAUAUUAAACGCCAAUGUACCGAUCCACGCUAACACCUAUAAUUCCAAGAACAGGAAGCAAAACAGUCGUCUAUGGAAAUCGUCUACCUGGCUCUCGUCUUCCAAGUGAACACCAGAGAUUCGGAACACCAAAGGAUCAGCUGACGAUAAGCUGUCCCAAGUGUUCUGCGUUUAAGAUCGAAAUACCAUCUUUCCUAGGCAUUUAACAAUCAAAUCGAAUUGAAUAACUUUUAUUUAAUCGUUGUGAGUCAGGAUUUAGCUCAAUUUGCAUAAAACUUAACUACGAAUAUUUGAAUAGAUGCAUAUAUAUGUAUGAUGCAUUCAUGUGUAAUAAAUAUGUAAGUUUGUGAGUAAUCAUUAUCGGUUCAUAGUCCUAUACCUACUCCUCUCAGGACUCUUGCCAGCGAGCACACCAGAUCAAUAGAACCUGCAACUACAUUCGACUAACAAUCAGAGGGGUUACAAUUUGAAUCGGGCUUAAUGCUAGAUUAGGUAUUACAUAAGUAUACUAGGUAUGUAUUAAACAAUAUAUGAUUAAUUAUAGACCGUUCUGAUGCUGUCAGAGUUGGGUGAAGAGCACGCGAGCCAGUGUUCAUAUAGCCCCAUAUGUACUAUAUGCAUACUUUACAUUUUAUAUAUUCCAUCUUAUCACAGAGGCUCCAGCACAGUUUCCUUUUCGGAUCUCGGAUCUCGGGUGUGGUGUUUGGUUUCUUGGUGUUUGCAAGUGUGUCUGUUGAUUGACUUUCAAAUUAUAUAAAUGAUGAUCCAAAUCAAAGAUAUUUAUCUUUUUGAAUAUACAUAUUUAAAGAGCUAAGAAUGGAUAGUUCAGAUCAAUGGGCACGGGGUUUCCUUCUCCUAGUCACCAUCCUCACUUCUCCUUUUCCAGUUUUCGGGGUCUAUAGCGUUUCCAGUGCUAUAAUACCAGUAGACAUUCCUUUUUUCGCGGCAUCCUUCUUUGUCAUUUUUGGGUGUUAACAUUUAUUUUUUUUUUUUCUCGGCGUCUGUAGGUCCAGGUCCAGGUCCAGGGUCCCACAUUACCUUUUUUAAGGGUUGGCCACCUGUGCAAUGCCACUAAUAGGGGUGGCUGCGGCAAGCUCGGACGUCGA